UGUCUGUAAACAAAAGAUUUCGUCAGUGUUUUCCAGGAGUGCGAUUAUUGUCCCGUGUGUUUCUCAGGGCGAGCAACAUUUAGUUUUUUGUCUUUUGUUUACAAACAAACUAAAUUUAGGACGUAGUACAUUUGUAAAAGUAAUUGAUAUUCCAAGGAACAGCGAUGUCAACGCAAAAACUUAUAUCUCCGGAAGAAAGUCUGCACGACUCAUGGGUAGAGCUCCACUUUGAUUCAUGUAGUGAACAUAAUGAAGACACACCAGCUCUGUCUGAUAUCACAGACCUGGAAAAAAUGCUUCUGGAAGCACAACGGGAAUCUAGCAGUAGUUCACGGACAAGUUCUCACUGUAGCAGUCCUCGACGUGUCCAGACACCUCCACUCAUUAGUGCAGCCUCCUUCAGCACACACAUCAUUGCACAGGGGGAAGUUGUAGCAGAAAGCAAACAGGAAGCUGAAGCUGUUGCAAGGAUCUGCAACUGGUCCAGCCGACCAGAGAAUGUACCACCCACAGCAUUUAUUAUUAAACGGCCAAAACGGAACAGAAUGUGCAGCAAAAACACAGACAAAAAUGACAAGGAUAUUAACACAAACUUGCUGAAGUUACUGCUGCCCUCCCUAGUUUUGACACACAUCCUUAUGCUUGGGUUGGGGAUCUGUAUUGGACGACGCCUUUCUACUAAGUGCUCUGUUAUCUGAGUCAUAGCACAUGAGUGUGUGUGUGUAUAUGCGGUGUGUUAGUGUCUCUAGAAAGAACCUGACAGCCUGGAACCCUUUAGUUUUCCUCCAGGAAAAAUGCAGGACUGUGUAAGAGGACACUGUGAAAAUAUGAUGGGAGAUGGAAACUCAGAAUUAUUUUUUUCUUUGGUUCUCCUGGUGGGACUUUGGCACAGAAUUGAAAAAGAAUAAUCCAGUUCUGUAUGGGCAUCAGAGUAGAUUAACCAGAAAAUAUGCGUAAUAGAUUUCAUCUUUUUUUUGCUUGGAUUAAAAAUGUUUGUUACAUUAAAGACAUGAGCAUGAAGAUCAUUUUACUGACCAGGUCACAUUGUAGUCCUUCAGCUGGCCUGCUUUUUUGAAUUUUGAAUCAUUGUUCUUGAAAGAAACAAAUCUAUGUUUGACAGCAAAUUCAGAGGCAUAUAAAUACAUAUUCUGGCAUUUAUUCUAAUGUGACAUGCUAUGGAAAACUAAUAAACUGUGCUGCCAAAAA